AUGAUGCGCAAGCCCGCAGCGAUCGUCUUUGGCGGGACACGAAUCGGCAACAGGGCACUGUUCAAACCAGAGACCGGCCUCGAAUCAUUCUUGGCCAUCUUGCGUGAGCACAAUAUUACCACCAUCGACACGGCACAGGCCUAUGGCAACUCCGAAUCUGCACUCGGACAGGUACACGCCGGCGAAAGAUUCACUCUAGAUACGAAAUGGAGUCCCUCCUCUUGGACGGAGACAACCCCGUGGGCUACCAAGAGCCGAAUUAUAGAGACAGCCGAGGACAGCAUCCAGAGGUUAGGCGCUGUAGCCGGCACGUUUUACCUUCACAAAAUGGAUCCUCUGACCCCGUUCCCGGAAACUCUGGCUGCCGUGAAUGAGGCAUACCGGCGAGGGUAUUUCCGCCGAUUCGGGCUGUCUGGCUUCCCGCCGCACGAAAUUGAAGCCGUCUACAACCACUGCCUCGAGCGAGACUACCCUCUGCCCGCCGUGUACCAGGGUAGCUACAACCCGCUGAGCCGCGACAAGGAGACGGCGCUGCUGCCGACACUCCGAAAACUAGGGAUGGCGUUUUAUGCCUUUGGGCCCUCGGCCGGGGGCUUCCUCGGCAAGACGGUGGCGCAGGCGGCGCGGCUGCAGAGCGACAUGGACUCUGUGUCGGCCACGUGCAGGCCGUAUCUGCGCGCGCCCAAGUAUAUGGAGGCGCUGGCCGAGUGGAAUGCGCUGGCCGACGCGGAGGGGUGCAGCGCGGCCGACUUGGCGUACCGUUGGAUGACGCAACAUUCGGCGCUGGACGGGGACAAGGGCGAUGCGCUCAUCAUCGGCGCCAGCAGCCCGGAACAGCUGGACGAAACGCUUGCGGGAAUAGAGAGAGGGUCGCUUAGUGAUGAAGCGUGCGCUGGUAUUCAAAAGAUCUGGAAAUGUGUGGCAGAGGAGGUCGAGUAG